AUGCGCUCAGCUUGGCCGUCAUCACUCGCAGUGGCUGCCCUCUGGGCUUCGCGCUUCGUCUUCGCGCGGAUGCCUUACAAGGUCCAGACGCCGCCUCUCGACACCGACUGGACCUACACGGUCGGCACUGACCCAUGGCCUGAGCAUCCUCGACCUCAGCUCCGCCGCGAGGCCUGGCAGAGCCUCAAUGGCCUCUGGACGUGGAGAGCUGCUGCCAGCCCUGACGAUGUUGGCAGUCCCCCAAAAGCAGGCCCUCUUGACCGCGAGGUCAUGGUGCCAUCCUGUAUUGAGAGUGGCCUCUCUGGUCUGCAGAUUCUCAAUGUCCGCGACAUGUGGUACGAGACCACGUUCGACGUGCCCAGUGACUGGAAGGGCCAGCAAGUCCUGCUCAAUUUCGAGGCCGUCGACUAUGAGGCCACCGUCUUUGUCAAUGGCGUUGAGAAGACGAGCCAUGUUGGCGGGUAUGCGCGAUUCACCAUCAAUGUGACUGAUAUUGUCAAGUUUGGCGGCACCAACGACUUGCUUGUCUUUGUGUCUGAUCCGACUGACGCGAUCGUGAUCCCCGUUGGCAAGCAGACCCUAAACCCUAGCCAUAUCUUUUACCGCUCUUGCUCGGGCAUCUGGCAGCAAGUGUGGAUCGAGUCCGCCCCUGAAGAUCACAUCAGCCGUCUCGAUGUCGCGGCUGACAUGGAUGGCCUGAUGACUGUCAACGUCCUGUCCUCUGUGCACAAGGGCGCCAAAGUCGAGGUCAAGGUGUUUGGUCAAAAUGGCUCGGAGAUUGCAUCGCAGACCGGCUCAGCUGAUGAGCAGUUCGCCUUCACUGUAGAGAACCCUGACCUGUGGUGGCCCGACUCUCCCACCCUGUACAACCUGACCGUGACCCUGGGCGACGACGAGGUCAACAGUUACACGGGCUUCCGCACAGUCUUCAAGGGCAAAGUUGAGGGUGUCAUGCGACACCUACUCAAUGGCGAGUUUGUCUUCCAAUUCGGUACCCUCGACCAAGGAUACUGGCCCGAUGGCCUGCACACCCCGCCCAGCCGCGAGGCUAUGGUGUACGAUCUUCAGGUCCUCAAGAAUUUCGGCAUGAACAUGCUCCGCAAGCACAUCAAGAUCGAGCCAGAUUUGUUCUACGAGGCCUGCGACCGCAUGGGCCUCCUCGUGAUCCAGGACAUGCCGGCCUUGUCGGCAUCCAAAACCCCCAACGAUGAGGAGCAGGCCGAGUUCCAACGUCAGCUCGAGUUGAUGAUCAACGAGCACAAGAGCUACCCAUCCAUCUACUCCUGGGUCAUCUACAACGAGGGCUGGGGCCAGCGCCAUUCGGACCCAGCUCCCGAGGGAGGUCUCACCGAGGUCAUCCGAAAACUCGAUCCCACGCGGCUCAUCAAUUCCAUCAGCGGCUGGGACGACCAUGGCUACGGUGAUUACCAUGACAACCACAACUACGCGCACCCGCAGUGUGGAACCCCAUUCUACUCGCGGCCGAAAACACCCUAUGACCCUGAGCGGAUUGGUUUCCAGGGCGAGUACGGUGGUAUCGGCCACAACGUGUCCAUCGAGCACAUGUGGAACGUCCAGGCCGCUAUUAACACCAUUCCCGAGACGUACGAGAUCAACGAGGACCUCGCGUCCUACAGUUACCGCUCCAUGGUGUUGUUCCGCGACCUUCGUGAGCAGACGGAGCGCUAUGCCUGCAGCGGUGCCGUCUACACGCAGACGACGGACGUGGAGGGCGAGGUCAACGGACUCCUGACGUACGAUCGUCGCUUCAUGCGGCCGGAUCUCGAGCAGUGGCAAGAGGAUAUCCAGAGCCUGUACGAGGCUGCCGUGUCGCGCGGCGGACGGCCUGUUGGCAGUGGUAAAGUCAAGAACUGGGUCUGUGUUCACUUGUGGAGAGGCUCAUGUGUGAUAGACGCUCCAAUCGAACAAGCUGCGCUUCUGAGGCACAACACGAUGCAGAGGCUGCAGGCUACACGACCGCGAUCGUCGAUGUCGAGCAAAAUGACGUCGUAG